AUGAUUAUUCAGAAACUAGAUAACGCUACAAUUAAACGUUUUGAAUUACAAGAAUGCUCGUCAGAUAUUCCAUCGUUCCGAAAUUUACACAAUUUCCUUCUGAAUCAGUGCACCGCUUUAGAAUCUGCAGCUCUCUCUACCUCCAUUAAACCCAAAUACAGUCCACUUCCUCAAACUCAAACCAAACAGCAAAAACCUUCCUCGAGUAAAUCAACCUCCACUUUUCUGGCUCAAACUGAUAAUAUUUCUUCAAAAAUAAGAUGUAAUUUUUGCAAUUCACCACAUACUAUUUACAAAUGCUAUUCAUUUCUGUCCAAAACUCCAACUGAAAGAAUGAAAAUUGCCCAAAGUAACAAUUGGUGUAUUAAUUGUUUGCAUUCAGCGCAUGACAUUUCGAAAUGUGCUUCUAAAUCAAGUUGUCGCACUUGUUCUAGGAAACACCGUUCUCUGCUCCAUAUCGAUUCCGAUGAAAAUAAAAAACAAACCUCUCCCUCUUCUUCUGAUAUCAAUUCAUGUAACUCAGCUCAGAGUUUCACUACCACUGCGUCUUCCAACGUUCUUCUCGCUACAGCUCAGGUAGAAAUUCUCGAUGCCUGGGGGAAUUAUAAAACUGUCAGAGUUCUUUUAGAUAGUGGUUCCCAAACUAAUAUAAUUACUAAAAAGUGUGUUGCUUCACUAGGGUUAACAUUAUCUAAAUCAUUUCUAUGCAUAAAAGGCAUAGGAGAAAGAUCAUCUCCAUCAACUUCCACUGCCACUUGCACAAUCCGCCCCCGAGAAGGGAUUCACCCAAUCUUUACCUUCGAUGCUGUUGUCAUCCCAAAGAUAUGUUCAGACUUGCCAAACUUCACAACAAAAUUUUCAUUCCACGAUUCACUGAAUUUGGCGGAUCCAAAUUUCAAUAAACCUGGUAGUGUCGACAUACUUCUGGGAGCUGAAAUAUUUCCCUCUUUACUUCUUGAUGGUCGUCAAAAAGGUGGAGUAGGAGAACCUUCAGCACUCGAAACUGUUUUCGGUUGGGUCUUGAUGGGUAGAACUCAUUCUUCUUGUAAGGUAGUAAAUUCAUUGCAUGUGACUCUAGAUUCAUCUCUGAACGCAACUUUGAAGGCAUUCUGGGAACUCGAAGAACUUCCAAUUUUGGCAUCAGAAUCACAUUCUGCAGAAAAAUGUAAUACCUUCCGAGCGAACUGGAGGAACGUUCAACAAAACGCCAAAAAGGGAUGUUAUUCCUGUGACAAACCGGGCCUUUUCGCGAGGGAAUGUCGGACUUUUGGGAGAUCGAAAUGA